CUUAUAUUCUUUAAAAGUGAGAAUCACAACUAACAAACAACAUAUUCUUACAAUCAUCUAUUUCUUACAAUCACUACACUUAGAAUACAUACAUUGUAAGAAUACACAUAUUCAUAGACUCCCAACUUCCAAACGACCCCUAAGAGAUGAUGACUGGGCUUCGACGGUUAAGAAAGCCCAAAGAAAUUUUAAACAAAAUAUUAUGCUUUUAGCAGACUUGAGGUACCGUGGUCAUUCGAUUAUUCGUAAACUUGACCUGUUUAUCAUUGUGCAAGCUCAAAGAGGUGUUCCUGUUAACCUCGCAUCUCUCAUGUGCCUGAACAUGGUUGAGGCUGCUCCUAGAGGGGAAAACUGGUACACUGCCUUUCCAUAUGCCACCUUCUUGACCACCUUUCUUGAAAGGGUUGGGAUGGAUAUGGGGGUUUAUGCUAAGGAGGACCAGUGCGCCUAUUUGCUAGUGUACCGUAUCGCCGAAUUGACCAAUACUUUUAUUGACCUUCGGCAUACAGAGCAUGAAGAGACCCCUGAGGCAUCCUCAAGCAAACGUCCUCGGCUUACAUGAGAGUCAAUUGAUGCAGGGCGGGGUGGAGCGUUGGAGCAGCAAAGGGGCCAGCAAUGGAUGUCUUUUGUUAAGAAGUUUACUAAGGCUUUGUUGGUUUUUUUUUUCCAGUCUUUUUCUCCAACACUCAAAACUGUCAGGUACUGAGGGGAGCCAGUACAUGUUCUGACUAGGAAAGUCUCCCAUUUUUUUAAUUGUCCAGACAAAUAUUUUUCUAUGCAUGCAAUAUUUUGUGAAUUUGCCAUGGCUGAUUUCCCUAAGACAGGUGACGAGAUGCAGUAAUGGUCAUCUCCAAUGGUGCAAUUUUUGUGACUUGCAAGAUGAUGUGGCAAGGAGGUGCAAUUGCAUCCUACACUUGCUAUGAUGUGAGAAGCUAUUGCAAAGGGGCAAAUUUGCUUGCAAUUGAAAUUGGCCCACGAGUGGGGACUAUUGGUGAAAUUGCAAUGUUUUCUCAAAAUUAUAGAAGUGGAAGUAGGGACUACCUAUGAAAUUGCAAAUGAAUUUCAUUGGGGGAG